AUGAAAUUCUCUACUGUUGUCACUUUAGCUGCCGCCUCUUCCGCAGUCGUCUCUGCCUUGCCACACAAGAAACGUACCACUUUAAACGGCCAUAACCACAAGAGAGCUAUUGCUAUCCAAUAUGUUUAUGAAACUGUUACUGUCGAUGAAUUUGGUAACACUUUAAUCACUGAAGCUGGUGCUCAACCAACUGUUGUUGCCUUGAAUGAAAACGUCGUUCAAGGUCAAGCUACUGCUGCUCAAGCCGCCACUACUGCCGCUGUUGAAUCUAAAGUCACCACUACUUUAGCUCCGGCCACCACUGAACAAGCUCAAGCUCAACAAGAAGAAACUACUGUUGCUUCAGCUACUUCUACUCAAGCUGCAUCUACUCCAGUUGCUACUUCUCAAGUUGCUUCCACUCCAGUUGCUCAAUCCUCUUCAAGUUCUUCAGGCUCUGGUUCCAUCUUUGGUGAUUUAUCUGCCUUCUCCAAUCCAACUGAAAAAUUCCAAGAUGGUACCAUUCCAUGUGACCAAUUCCCAUCUGGUCAAGGUGUUAUUCCAAUUGAUUGGAUGAACCAAGGUGGUUGGUCUGGUAUUGAAAAUGCUGACACUUCUACUGGUGGUUCUUGCCAAGAAGGUUCAUAUUGUUCUUAUGCUUGUCAACCAGGUAUGUCCAAGACUCAAUGGCCAUCCAACCAACCUGCCGAUGGUAGAUCUGUUGGUGGGUUAUUAUGUAAGAAUGGUUACUUAUACCGUUCUAACCCUGAUGCCGAUUACUUAUGUGAAUGGGGUACUGAUUCCGCCAUGAUCGUUAGUGAAUUAGAUCAAGGUGUUGCCAUCUGUAGAACCGAUUACCCUGGUACUGAAAACAUGGUUAUCCCAUCCUUUGUCGAAGCUGGUCAAUCUUUACCAUUGACUGUCGUUGAUGAAGACAAUUAUUACAUGUGGAGAGGUCAAAAGACUUCUGCUCAAUACUACGUUAACAAUGCUGGUGUUUCUGUUGAAGAUGGUUGUAUUUGGGGUACCCCAGGAUCUGGUGUUGGUAAUUGGUCUCCAUUGAACUUUGGUGCUGGUUCCACUAAUGGUAUUACUUACCUAUCUUUGAUUCCAAAUCCAAACAACAGAUCUCCUUUGAAUUUCAAUGUCAAGAUUGUCGCAUCUGAAGGUGCUACCGUAAACGGCGAUUGUUCUUACGAAAAUGGUAGUUUCAACGGUAACAGCGAUGGUUGUACCGUUGCUGUUACUAACGGUGUUGCCAACUUCGUCUUGUACAAUUGA